CGCUAACAAUAAAAGGCGCACAAGAAGAGAGCCAGAGUCUCAGAGAGAGAGAAGCUGUGAGAGAAAGAAACCGAAAUUGGGAAUCCAUUUCAGUUUCAAUUUCUAGGGUUUGGAUUUUAGGGUUUGUGGACUUGAGAAACCAACCAUGUCGUCGACGACCGCCACCAACAAAGCGGGACCGGCGUCGGCCCAGCAGAGCAAUGCGAAGCCGGGGCUCCGAAAGCCCGUGUUCGUCAAGGUCAGCGAUCUCAGGCCCGGGACGAGCGGCCACACUCUCGUCGUCAAGGUCAUCAGCUCCACCACCGUGUUGCAGAAGGGCCGAUCGGUGUCUCAGCACCUCCGCCAGACCCGAAUCUCCGAGUGCCUCAUUGGGGAUGAGACCGGGACCAUUCUCUUCACCGCCAGAAAUGAUCAAGUUGACUUGAUGAAACCUGAUACCACUGUUAUUCUCCGGAAUGCUAAGAUCGACAUGUUUAAGGGAUCCAUGAGGCUAGCAGUUGACAAAUGGGGCCGUAUUGAGGUGACCGAGCCUGCAAACUUUGUAGUCAAGGAGAACAACAAUCUCUCUUUAGUUGAAUAUGAGCUGGUGAGUGUUGUAGAAGAAUGAUCGGGGUCUCGUUGCAGCUAGUAUAUUUUAAGAGAAGAAUCAAAAUUCAUAAAGCUUUGAUGGUUGGUUUUGUUCGGAUUUCUUGGUGAUAUGCUGUUACUGCUGCUUGGUUAUGUCCUAUUGGUGAAAUGCUUAGUUUGGGAUUGGUUGGAAGAUGUUUAUGAGAAAAAAGACUUGGUGAUUUUUAAUAUAAUUAUGACAUAGGGUUUGGUUGGAUGUGAGCAGGAACAGCUUGUGCCUUUUACUUAAGGUGGAAAUGUAAACUUCUCAUCUUUAGCACCCCCAACUGUUCUAUUCUUAAACCGCACUAAUCUAUUAUGUGCAUUACAAACUCUCGAAACUCUAAUUCAGGGUUUGAAUUUGGUCAACGGGGGCUGGUUCUGGUCCUCUUUUAUA